AUGUUCGGAGUAUAAAUUAGAGUCUACGCACUCUAAGGAAAGCAUGAGCACCUAUAGUUGAGCAGAUGGAAAGAAGUCUACUAACACUAGCAGCAACACUUGUUACUCUAUUCUACAAGACCAUUUGUGUAGGCAGAGUCGUCGCGGAUGUAGGAACUGCUACUUCAUACGACCCUCCGUAUCUUCCAACAAGAUGCCCGGGAUACGACCAGGAUCAACUGCCGGGAAGCGGCCUAUUCGUGGCUGCAGGUCACGGGAUAUGGGACAACGGCGCAGCGUGUGGGAGAAAGUAUCAGCUCCGUUGCCUGAGUGGCCUCAGGCGGCCGUGCAAGGACGGUUCGAUCGUAGUCGAAGUCGUCGACCUCUGCAGGACGAAUUCAUGCACCUCGACUCUCGUCUUGUCCGACGAGGCUUUCAGUGCACUCUCCAAGAUACCCAACACCAAGAUCAACAUAGAAUAUCGACAGUUAUGAAGCUAGCGGAGGGAGUUUACAUGAAAUUAAUGCAGAUCAAUCACGAUGAAUAGACGCACUCCCUGUAAAAAAGUUAAAGUUACCAAAGUAUAUAGCGUCGUUUAAAAUUGUAACUCUUUACCGACAAGAAAAGGGAAAAAUGAUAUCACGAAAGAAACG